CGAGCACGCGGAGGACUCAUCUCUCGCGAGGAACGGCGCCGUUAUCGGAAUCUCUACAAACACCACGAGAAUUCAUCAUUCACACGGUAAUAUCACCCAAUCUGUACCGGUGUGAACAAUGUCGGAGCAAGAUUUGGAGGACAUUGUGCAAAUAACAGUGGAGGACUUUAACCAGGAGGACCGAACAGACUUGCUGGACAAUCAUGAAAACGAUGAAGAAAGGCCUCAGAGGAAAAAGAGGAAAUUAAGCACCAGUCAAGAAAACAACAGCAGCAACCAAGACUUAUCUUUUAUUAAGAACCUGUUUUUUUCAUUCACCACAUCAAUCAGCCAGCGACUGGAGGGAAUCGAGUCCAAGUUACAGGCUCUGGAUGCCACGUGCAAAGCCCUUGGACACAAACUGGACAGCAUGGUGCCCUGUCCCAAAAGUCCUAUCCAGGUCUCUAUGGUUGCAGGGUCACCUCAGGGGGCCACUCAAACUUGGAACAAAGUGCGAUGUGUUGUUCCACAAACAAAUGUGAUCGUGAGCAGUGAGCACCCGAAGAGCUCUAGCCAAGAGGACACCCCGCUGGAGAAUCUGCUCAGCAACACUGUGACGAAGCGGCGGCAUAACACGAUUCUGGUAAAGGUGCCGGGUCCUGAUGAGAGUCAGGACGAGCAGGAGAGUGGUUCCGAGGCCAGUGACACAGUUUCCAAUGGCGGCCAUUCCAACAACGCUCAGAGUGGCCAAAAUGUCACACUGAUCACGCUCAAUUCAGAAGAUGAUUAUCCAGAGGGCACCUGGCUGGGUGAUGAGAACAACCCAGAGACGCGAGUUCGUUCUCCGGUGUCUGCAGCUGAUAUGCUCCAUAUCAGCACAAACUGCCGCACAGCAGAGAAAAUGGCUCUGACGCUGUUGGACUACCUGUUCCAUCGGGAGGUCCAGGCCAUGUCCAAUCUCUCUGGGCAGGGCAAACAUGGCAAGAAGCAGCUGGACCCGCUCAUGAUCUAUGGCAUUCGCUGUCACCUGUUCCACAAAUUUGGCAUCACUGAGUCAGACUGGUACCGUAUCAAGCAAAGCAUUGACUCAAAGUGUCGCACAGCCUGGAGACGCAAGCAGCGCGGCCAGAGUCUAGCAGUCAAGAGCUUCUCCAAACGCACACCUCGCAAUUCAGGCACAGAGGGAGGCAUCACAGAAGAAACCCAGAUUGACGCCGCCACCCAGCAAACCUUGCACUACACACUGGCCAAUCAGCAGGUCCAGUUCCACCGUAUUGGCGAGGAUGGACAAGUUCAAGUGAUUCCACAGGGUCAGUUGCACAUUGCUCAGGUGCCACAAGGAGAGGAGGUGCAGAUCACACAGGACAGUGAGGGAAACCUCCAGAUCCACCAGGUACAUGUCGGGCAGGAUGGACAGGUGCUGCGUGGAGCUCAGCUGAUAGCGGUGGCAUCCGCUGAUGGAGGGGCCACAGCUGUAGAGGGCUCCUCUCUCCCGCCUGACAUCCAAGUGCAGUAUGUCCAACUGGCCCCUGUCACAGAUCACACAGCUGCAGUACAGGCUGCUGAGCUGACUCCAGCCCUGGCGGCGGAGAUGGAGGUGAAGGAGGCCAUCCAGGGUGCCAUCAAGGGCGAGAAUGGCGAGGUGAUGGAGAUUGUCAGUUCUGUUGCCACCUGAGAUCCCAACAGCUGGGUCAACGCAGUCCAGAACUCUGCCGUGCAGCAAGGCCCGGCGAGGCUGAGUGGAAGAUUGGGAGUCAACAAAUCCAUAUAGUCUGAGGAGCAGUCAAGUCAGAAAACUUUUAUAAACACUGAAGGUCGCUGAUGAAACCGAGGGAAGAUGCAUCUUUUUCAGUUUUUUUGUUCUCACCCUGCAAACUGCUCACUUCUCUACCAACUCGAUGUCAUAGUGUGAAAAUGUUCACUGAGAACUCGGAAGAGAACACGAUGCUCCAAAAAUCCACCGUGCUCUUUCUAGUGUUUUCAUCACCAGACGAACGUGGCCAGUGCAGCAUACACAGUGGGAUUACUGUCUAUCCAGGGAGGAUGCUGCAGUAUGCACACCAUCGACCUGCCACUUCAUCAGCACACACUUGUUUACAUCAACUUUGGAGCUAAGCUGCUUGGCUAACCCUGAAACCCCUGCGAGGGUUAGUCUGAAUCCCGACUCAAACAACCAGCUCUGUGCUCUUUUUCUCCUCGUCGUCACAGUGGGCUGCAGUGGAAAGCAGAUUCAGCUGAGGACAGAUACUCUUAGUUGUGUUUCCUGUCACUCUCCAUGCAUUAGCCCAUACUGCGUCUCCCAGCUGUGAGCGUUUCCUUCCUUUACUUUGUUCAGCUUGUUUUCAUAUUACUUUAGCCCCACAGCUUUCUUUGAUUUAUCUAAUCAUGAUGUGCCGUAAUUCUCUGGGAGCUUUAAUUUCAGAGGUAGAACACCAUGAAAUGGAAGAGAUGGUGCCAGUGGUAGACAGUACAAGUCACUUGUAGAAUACCAAGAAAACCAUGAAGUUGUUUAUUUCCCCCAGUCUGAGUGAAAGAUACAUUCAAGUGAAUAAAACAUGUUUGUGGUUGCCAUAAAA